UCAAACUGCAUAACACUGCCCCAGUACUUGCAGCGGUGUAGAAGUGAAUACAAUAGAAACGGGAGGCUGCAUGGGAGUACUUUGAUUCAAACGUAACGGAAUCUAUCAUCUGGGACUCGGCCGUUUUAAUUCUUUUCUGCCGGCUUCAGGAUGAUGAAGUUUAGGUUCAGGAGGCAGGGGAACGAUCCCCAGAGAGAGAAGAUCAAACAGGACCUCUUUGCAUUCAAUAAGACUGUCGAACAUGGAUUCCCUAACCAACCCAGCGCUUUGGCCUACGAUCCAAAGCUGCAGCUUAUGGCCAUUGGCACCAAGUCCGGAGCCAUCAAAGUCUAUGGAGCCCCUGGAGUGGAAUUCACUGGCCUGCACAGAGACACCGCCACAGUCACGCAGAUCCACUUCCUCUAUGGACAGGGCCGGAUCCUGUCGCUGUUGGAUGACAACACUCUGCACCUGUGGGAGAUUAACCUAAAGGACAGCUACUCUCACCUGGAAGAGAUCCGCAGCUUCACCCUACCGGGCCGACCGGGGAUCGAGAGCACCAGUGCGACCCGUGUGACUGUGCUCCUGCUCAUGCUGAGGUGUGACCUGCUGUGCGUGGGCACCGAGGGAGGUGGCGUCCACUUCGUGGAGCUGCCCAGCCUCACCCUGCUGGACAAGUCUCUGCUCCAGGAUGAGGUGCUGCAGAGCGUUCCUGAGGACUACAAACACGGGAAGUCGCUGGGCCCUGUGGAGUCCCUGCAGGAGCAUCCUCAGCAGCCGGACAAGAUCCUCAUUGGCUACAGCCGCGGCCUGGUGCUCCUGUGGGACAUGGACUCGCGGCACGCCGACAACGUCUUCCUGGGAAAGCAGCAGCUGGAGAGCUUGGUGUGGGAACGCACAGGGAGCUCCUUCGUCAGUUCCCAUAGCGACGGUGGCUACAUGGUGUGGUCAGUCAGCAGUGGCACCCCUUGCACCAGUCAGCCAGCCACGUCCACUAUACCAUACGGUCCGUUUCCUUGUAAAGCUGUGAACAAGAUCCUCUGGAGAACAGCAGAAUCGGGGGCUCCUUUGGUGCUCUUCAGCGGAGGCAUGCCUCGGGCGAGCUACGGAGACCGGCACUGUUUGACCAUCCUGCAGGACAGCACGCACGUCACACUGGACUUCACGUCCCGGGUCAUUGACUUCUUCACCAUCCACUGCACAGAUCCCCUAAAGGAGUUUGAUGACCCCACGGCCCUGGUGGUCCUCCUGGAAGAGGAGCUGGUUGUGAUUGACCUCUUGACCCCCGGCUGGCCGACGAUCCCCUGUCCGUACCUGGCCCCUCUCCACUCGUCAGCCAUCACUUGCUCCUACCACAUCUCGAACGUGCCCACCCGGCUGUGGGAGAGGAUCAUCAGCGCCGGGCAGCAGCAGCAGUGCCCCCAGCAGACGCCUGUGAACUGGCCGAUAUGUGGAGGCAAGAGCUUGGCUCCUGAACCCAAACAAAAGGAGCUGCUACUGACGGGGCAUGAGGACGGCACUGUGCGCUUCUGGGACGCCUCUGGUGUCUCCCUGAAACCCCUGUACAAGCUGAGCACGGCCAACAUCUUCCAGACGGACUGCGACCACAACGACAGUCUGACCCAGGCCGGGGAGGAGGACUGGCCCCCUUUCAGGAAGGUGGGCUGUUUUGACCCCUACAGUGAUGACCCCAGGUUGGGUAUUCAGAAGAUCUGCUUAUGUAAAUACAGUGGCAAACUAGUGGUAGCUGGAACUGCUGGACAGGUGGUUGUGAUGUAUCUGAGUGAUGAGAAGUCUGAUCAUAUGAUCGACGCGGCUACGAUGGACCUGCUCCAGGACCGGGAGGGCUUCACGUGGAAGGGACACGACCGCCUGCCGCCCAAGUCCGGCUCUGUGGUGUUUGCCCCCGGGUUCCAGCCCGUCGUCCUGGUGCAGUGCAUGCCCCCCGCCGCCGUCACCGCGGUAACGCUACACGCCGAGUGGAACCUCAUUGCCUUUGGCACCAGCCACGGUUUCGGACUCUUCGACUACCACCGCCGCAGCCCCGUGUUGGCAAGAUGCACGCUGCACCCUAACGACUCCCUGGCCAUGGAGGGGCCACUCUCCCGGGUCAAGUCUCUGAAGAAGUCGUUGCGUCAGUCUUUCAGAAGGAUCCGGAAGAGCAGAGUCUCUGGGAAGAAGCGGGUAGUUGUCAACAGUCCCACCAGUAAAGUCCAGGAGGCGAACGCCCACCUGGCGGAGCAGGACGAGGUGGCCCCCGUGCAGAGGAGGAUCGAGCCCCGCUCCGCUGACGACUCGCUUUCGGGGGUGGUGCGCUGCCUUUGCUUCGCCGACACAUACCUCAGAGACGGGACCCAUCAUGGCCCGACCAUGUGGGCUGGCACCAACUCGGGCUCAGUGUACGCAUACGCGCUGGACGUUCCCCCGCAGGAGCGCUUCUCCGAGCAGAGCGUGGAGGCCCUGCUGGGCAAGGAGAUCCAGCUGAUGCACCGGGCGCCCGUGGUCUCCAUCGCCGUGCUGGACGGCCGAGGGAACCCACUGCCCGAGCCCUACGAGGUCUCCAGGGACCUGGCCAAGGCCCCGGACAUGCAGGGCAGUCACUCCGUGCUUAUCGCCUCAGAGGAACAGUUCAAGGUGUUCAUGCUGCCCAAGGUGAGUGCCAAGACCAAGUUCAAGCUGACCGCACACGAGGGAUGCCGAGUGAGGAAGGUGGCGCUGUCCAACUUCGCCAGCACAGCGUCGGACGACUACUCGGAGAAUGGCCUGGUGUGCCUGACGAACCUGGGCGACAUCCACGUGUUCAACGUGCCGGCGUUACGGCCGCAGGUGCGCUACGACUGCAUCCGCAAGGAGGACAUCAGCGGCAUUGCCUCCUGUGUGUUCACCAAGACCGGCCAGGGAUUCUACCUAAUCUCGCCCUCGGAGUAUGAGCGUUUCUCAUUGUCUGCACGCGUGAUCACGGAACCUCUGUGUCAGGUGGAGGUGGACCGACCGCACGACCCCACCGCCCACAGUGACAGCACAACAGCCCAACCUCACGCGAACGGCACUCAUAAGAAGCAGACCACUGGAGAGCACAAGUCCGUAGCAGAGGCCGAAGGUAUGGUCGAUGAACUGCAGAAUGCUCUACACUCGACAACGUUGGAUUCCCCCAACAGCAGUGCUGACAUCACCCUCGACACCACCGGAGAACUCACUGUGGAGGAUGUGAAGGACUUCCUUGUGACCGUGGACGAGGCCGAGAACAACCGGAGAAAUAUCACCGAGGAGGACGCCCGGCUUCCUGGAAUCCUCAUCAACUGAGCGGCGAGGGAGGGAGGGAGGGAGGGAGGGAAGCCCUUGGGAUUAUUUUUUGGGAGGGACCGACCUCGAUGGAGUUUCCAGCAAUAUUCUGAAUCGGAGCUUGUCUGAAGAAAAAAGAAGGAAAGAAAACCCGAAAGACUCCAAAUCUGAAGUUGCACCAGAUACGUGUCUACAAGGGAGCGUGAGAAUGCAGAUGGAUGUCGCACCCUCCCUCGUGCCAAAACACUGUCCACCACCCCUCUCCCCCACUCCCCCCCCCCCCCCCCCCCCAGCUUGUCUUUCCCCAUCUCAUCUCCCCUUAAAGCAAAAAGACUAAAAAACCACUACGUUACAGUUGGUCGAGACGUGACUGACUACACCAAUAACUGCACAAGGAUUAAAAAGCCCAGGUAACGGCGACUAGUCAGGAGGCCUGCACUGACCACCCAUUCUGAAUUUGAUUCUUGUUUGCUUUUGAACAUUCCUUCCUCCCGUGUAGCAGCGAUUUCCCCCAAGCCUGUCUGCUCCCCCCUAUGCUGUGCUUUCACAAGGAAAUGAACUGUGGCCUGAAUGAAUUGUUUACCCUCAGCCAUCUUGAUAAGACAGCUCUCCGAUGAUUUUCUUUCUUCUUUUUUUUUCAUCUCUGUGGUAACUGCGAUGGUGUCUGACCGCAUUCGGACAGCCAUCAGAGGGCUGUGGUUAUGGACCCUGUGGGUUUGAUCAAAAUGGUUGAGUUCUUUUCUUUUUCUUUUUUAUGUUUUCAUAUUACCAUAUUGCCAUUGUAAAAUAAUUCUGGCAGUUAACUGUGAAAUGUGUUGAUGAAGGCGAGAGUGGUGCUUAGAAUUGAGGAGGAAAACUUUGCUCCCAUGUUUUGUAAGGUGAACCCUGCAUUUGGAGGUGUAAUGCUUGUGUCCACCUCUUUCAAGUACUCCCCCACCCCCCUCCCUCACGCCACAGUAUUAACACCAUAUGAAGGAACUAAUAAUGAAUGAUG